GAGUAGUGUACAAGUCCAUGGUGUACUGAAUGGAUAAAGGAAUUGAUGUGUGAAGAGAGGGGCAUCAAACUAGACAGGCAGUCAGUCUGUCAGACAAGCAAGAAGUGGAAACAGCAAAGGAAACAUAACACUCACUGACUAUAGCCAUUUUCUGAGACAGUCAGUUCUCCCUGACAUAGCCGCAGACACCUAGUCAGUUGGUGGAUGGAUAUUCUUUGUGUUUGUGUGUUUGUGUACUGUAUGUGUGUGUGUAUUUAGACAUACUCCUCCCUUUUUAUCCUUACUACUACUACAACUACUACUACUACUACUACUACUACUAUUGCUGCUGCUGCUGCUGUUGCUGCUACUACUACUAUUACUACUACUACUAGUUUUAGUGAGCAGCAGUAGCCAGCAUUAGCUGUUGCCACUACUAUAAGAACUACUCGCAACACUGCCAGUUCUGUCAUUACUACACCUACCAUAACUUUUACCUUCACAACAGCAGUAGUAGUUUAGCCUUCAGACUAGAUAGCUGUUAAUCUCAACUCACUUUUACUGAUGGGAAAAGAAUCUUCUCUCUUCUCAGCACUUUUCUCUAUGCUACCAUCUUCAUACAUUGUUAGGAGUGGCAGCUAGGAUUUCUAACCAGCCACUACUGCCCUCUGCUUUCCUCCUGAGCAGUCAGCUACAUUGCCUGGUUUUGUCUGUGCUUACAGACUGCAUAUCAGAGCCGCGCGCACACCACAGAACUCCUUAAUUUGACAGAAGGUUUGUCUUGUAGCAGUGAUGUUAGAAAUGCAUCCUGGAAUCAAUUAAUUAAGACUUCAUGAAAAUCAAAUUCUGGUAAAAAGAUUACAGUUUUUCUGCUGGGAUAUACCUUUGUAUUUUAUCUGUAAUAAUUGUCGAGGAGAUAGCAGUAUAUGUUUUGUGCUGGCUCUUGAAGAAAGCAAAAAGCCCACACCUUAUAACACCAACUUGGACUGAUUUCUUCAUUCUACACUCUCGGAUUAUUUCAUAUUUACAUUUUGGAGAUUUAUUCUUUACUAGAAAAAGAAAUUGCAGUACUGGAUAAGCCAUUUUUUACUAUCACACGUGCUAAAAAGAGAGGAAAAAAAAAUACUUUUUUUUAUAUUAUUGUGUAAAAAAAAAUUUUCAAUUUGUAUUUCAAGAAUUCUUGCUACAACUUUUUUUUGGUGAGUUGGUUUUCCUCACUUAGCUUCUGUUAAUUAGUUGCAAUAAUUGUGGCUUUCACGUGGAUUUACACAACUUUUUUUUUUCUUGAUUGAAUACCUAACUAAAAGAAACCUGGAAUUUUCUACUUUUGAAUUAUAUUGGAAACAUUAAACACUUGGAGUACCUUAUUUGGAUUUAGUAUUUCAGUUGAGAAAAUAUUUGCUUUAUCCAUGACAAAUAUCCUCCUUUGAAAGACUUUGCAUACAUAUUUUUGUUGGAUUUUGUAAUUUGAAUGAUUUGCUGUUGUUUUGUUGAAUUAAGUAUGCUUUAACGAAGUCCACUAUAUCUUUAAUAAUUUACAACAAAAGGGAAAAAAAUAGAAGUAUUUCUGUUUCUUCAAAGUUAUUUGUUGAUCUGUAAGUUUUUUUUCUUUGAAAGAAAAAUAAGAAGUUAAGAAAGUAAAGGAGAACGUGAAGCUAAAUACAAACUUAUUUUUGUGAGAUUUUCUGAGAAAUAGAAAUUACUGUAAGCUAGGAAACAUGGGGUGUUCUUUGGGUAAACAAGCCAAAAAAGAGGCUGAAGAAGAAAAUUUAGUAGAUAAGCCUGUUGAAAAAAAUGAAGAAAAUGUGCUAUUUGAACGUCCUGCAGCUUCUGGGGAAAAUGCCCAAGAGCCACUUCUCCAAGGGGUUAGUGUUGAGGUGAGCAAGGAAGGAACCGCAGAUAUACAAAUAGAUAAAACAGAGUUGGACAUACUGAAAAAUGUGACAGAUGUGGGAGAGGCUGUGAGUGCAGAAGCUGCUAAAGUUGAAGCUGCGGUUGAGGAAAAGAAAGAUGAAGUAGCAUCUGCUACAGCUGAAGCUGCUUCAACUGUCUCAGAUGUGACUAAAGAAGUUAAGUCUACUUUGGAAAAGAAAGAGGAAGAUUUUGUUAUGGUUGACAAGAAAGAUGUUGCAGAAGAUAUUAAAGCAACUGCAAUGGAGGUUGCAUCUGAAGUUGUGAAAUCUGUUACUGAGGAAUGUAAGACUAUGGUCACAAAAGAAGUGAGCAAAAUUACAAGCAGUGCUUCUGAGCAAGUUAGUAAAGUUGUGUCUGGUACUAAUGAAUCUGUGAAGACUCUUAGUAACAAUGUAUCAGAAUCAGUAACCAAACAUACUACCAGUGCAACUGAAUCAGUGAGCAAAAUUACCAGUAGCUCCACUCAAGAAUAUAAAACUGUAGUUUCGUCUGUUAGUAAAUUUUCAGACUCAGUCGGCUCAGCAAUUGACUCAGUUCCUGCAAAAGAGGAUGUGGUUACUGAGGUUCAACAUUUCACCAAGGAGUCCAGCAAAGUAAUUAAAUCUGAGCCAAUUAUCACUACCGUUUCAGAAACAGUUACUGAAGUGAAAAAGGUUGAAAGUGAUUCAAAAGAUGCCGGUAUUGUAAGCUUUGCUACAGAAAAAGUAAAAGAAGGUGUGACUAAAGUUGCUGAUAAAGUUGAAGAAGUGGUUGUUCCUGUUGUUGAAGAGAAAGUAUCAACUGUUAUUUCAGCUGUUUCUGAGAAAAUGCCCUCCUCUUUAAUUGAUAAAUUUCUUCCCACUAGUAAAGAAUCUGAAUCAUCUACUGUAUUAACAUCUAAUGUUGAUAGUAGUGAUGUUAAAGAACUUGUUGAAGAUAAAGUUUCUAAAGAAGAACCUGUUGAUAUUCCAGCUGUUCCCCUGGAUAUUGAUGUUGCCGAGACUAGUGUAGAUAGUGGUAAAAUUGUUGAACCUGAUGCUACUGAAACUAGUGUAGAUGCACUGGUUAUGCCUAAGGUUGAACUCCAGGAAACUAGUGUUGACAGUGGAAACAUUGUUGAAGCCAUCACCGAGACCAGUGUAGACACCGUUGUAGAUACUGUGAAGCAAGAAAUUGAAGAGGCUGCUCAUCAAGUAGAAGAUAGCUUACCUCCUCCUCCACCACCAGUUGUGGAAGAUGAAGAGAAAACUGAAGAGAUUUUCAAGAGUGAACAUACUGAAUCUAACAAUAUUUUGUCAACUGACUUGAUGACAGCUGAAGUACCUUCAGCAUUACCCUCUCCUAAAGGUGCCUAUGAAGAGGACUUAAUACUACCAACAGAAGAAGCAGCUAGUGCUGUUAAAUCUGUAGUUGAAGAGGUACAAUCAACAGAAAGCCCAGUUUUAGUGGAUAUUGAAGAGAAAACUGCUAUUGUUGAAGAACCUGUUAAAAAACCUUAUGAAGAGAGCUUAGUAGAAGCAGUAUUGGAAGAAGUUCAGCAGGAAUUUGAGCAAAAGCAACACGAAGCUGUAGAACAGCAAAAAAUUGCAGUCGAAGAAUCUCAAGUGGCUGAGGCUGGAGAGGCUGUGGUUGAGGAACUCAAAGAGGCUGUUAUUGAAGAACCUCAUGAAUCUGUAGCUGAAGAACAUUUAGAACCCCAAGAAACUGUUGAGGAAAUUCCAUCAGAAGAGGAAACAAAACAACCAGCUGUAGAAGAAUCUGCUCAGUCUGUACAUACAGAAGAAGGGGCAGCUUUAACACCAUCAGAAGCCAAAACAAAUGAGGAUAAUAGCAGUGAUGUAGUGGAAGAGAAAGCAUCAGCUGAUGAAGCUGAACAAGUAAAAGAAGCAGCAGAGACGAUAGCAACAGAAUUAACACCAGCAGGUGAAAUUACAUCAGAAGCAGUCUCAGAACAAGAUAUUGAUAAUGCACCUGGAAAGGGUGACAGUCACACUGAGGAGGUAACAGCUGAAAAUGAGGUAGCAAAUACUGAAAAUGAUAAAUCUACAGAAAAUGGUCCAAGCAGCGCUGAGCAGAUAGACAUUUCUGGUUCUGUUGAACAAGUGCCUGUUGCUGAUGAUGACAAAGAAUCUAUUGUAGUUAAAGAUAAUUCUGAAAUUUCUCAGCAACCAACUGUUGCAAUGGAGGAAUUACCUGUACAGAAAUCCACAAUUCCAACUGAAAAUAGCAGUUCUGUGUCUGCAGAUAUGGACAAUGAGUCCAAUGUGAUAAGUCAUUCACAGGAUGUACAGUCACUUCCUAAUGGAGAAAACCAAGUUCAAACAGAGGAAGAGACAGGCCAUGAUCCUGUUACAACCAGUGCUGCCUUGACAGAUCGCCAAUACAAUACUGAUUUAUAUAUUCCACAAGUGGCAAGCGAUACUGCUGCAAAACUUCCUACUCCUCCUGCGGAGCCAGUUCCUGCAACUGAAAGUGAACAACUGGAAGAAUUAUUCCCUCAUGAAGAGGCUCUUGAAGAUGCUGCCACAAAAAUACAAGCCAAUUAUAAAGGUUACAAGGCACGGAAAGAGAUAAAAGAAUUAAAGAUGAAAACGAAUGCUGCUACAAAGAUUCAAGCUGGCAUACGAGGUCACCUUACACGUAAAAAGAUCAAGACAAUGAAGGAUGAAAUGUCUCAACAGGGACAUCACCACCACCACCACCACCAUCACCACCCCCACAAACACAUGCACCAGCAGCACAAUCCUCGCCAGCAGAAUGUCCACCACAAGCGCAUGAACCCAGAGUCGCCACAAACCCAGGAUGAAAAUGUGCUUCUCCACGAUCCAAAUGUCCACCAUGCUGCUACCAAGAUUCAGGCACAGUUUCGUGGUUUCCGAGCUCGCCAGCAAAUGAAAGUGAUGAAAGUGAAGGCAAACGCAGAGAAAACGCUGCCACCGGUUGAUCCAGAAGAUCCAAGAGCUCAUGAGGCUGCGACAAAAAUUCAGGCCAUGAUUCGGGGCCGUAAAGCUCGUAAAGAGAUGAAGGUACUCAAACUUCAGAAUAGACAUGGACAUAACAGACAUCGUGGACAUGGAGGGUCCCAUGGCAAACCUUCAAAAAGCCACCACAAGGAUACCUCAAGGGAACACACUCUUGAAACUGAGCAAGGUGAAGCUGACCAGGCAGAGACACAGCUUAAUGAAACACCUGAAAACAGGCAUGUCUUACAACUUAUUGAUAACGGUACAAAUAUUGACACUGAUCUAACUGACCCAGAGGCCAUUGCUGCAGCUACCAAAAUUCAAGCCGGCUUUCGUGGUCAUAUAGCUAGGCAACAUGUGAAAGAAUUGAAAAAGGAACCCCUAAUGGAAAUAGGUGACGUGCCUGCCGCUGAAGAACUUGCUAUAGCUGAAAAAUUACCCAGCCCUCCUUUAUCUGCUAAAGCUAGCCAGCAAUCCCUGCAGGGUGCAAUCCAAUCACCUCGAUUAUCUCAGAGAGGAAGCAAAGCUUCCGUCCAGGGUGAUGUAGCUGAUAUUGUACGAUCUCCGAGAGAUAGCAAAACUUCCUUGCCGGUUGUAACAUCUCCUCUUGGAUCUAAAAGAGAAAGCAAAACUUCGUUGCAGGCUGAGGUACCAGUUGCACCAUCAUCUCAAAGAGAAAGCAAAACUUCCUUGCAAGCUGAGGUACCGGUUGCUCCAUCAUCUCAAAGAGAAAGCAAAACUUCCUUGCAAGCUGAGGUACCGGUUGCUCCAUCAUCUCAAAGAGGAAGCAAAACUUCCUUGCAAGCUGAGGCACCUGUUGCUCCAUCAUCUCAAAGAGAAAGCAAAACUUCCUUGCAAGCUGAGGUACCAGUUGCUCCAUCAUCUCAGAGAGGAAGCAAAGCUUCCUUGCCAGCUGAGGUACCAGCUGCUCCAUCAUCUCAAAGAGGAAGCAAAGCUUCCUUGCCAGCUGAGGUACCAGUUGCUCCAUCAUCUCAGAGAGGAAGCAAAGCUUCCUUGCCAGCUGAGGUACCAGUUGCACCAUCAUCUCAAAGAGGAAGCAAAGCUUCCUUGCCAGCUGAGGUACCAGCUGCUCCAUCAUCUCAAAGAGGAAGCAAAGCUUCCUUGCCAGCUGAGGUACCUCCCGCCCAGUCACCUCAAAGAACAAGCAAAACUUCCUUGCGAGGGGAAACACCUCCUGCCCAGUCACCCCAAAGAGCAAGCAAAACUUCCUUGCGAGAUGAAGCACCUCUAUCACCCAAGGCAGGAAGCAAAACUUCUGUUCAGGCCGAAACACCACCUCCUGCUCAACUAUCUCAAAGAGAAAGCAAAUCUUCCUUACAGAAUAAAACACCUCCUCAGAUGUCGCCAAGAGCAAGCCAGGGUUCCAUACCAGUGGAACCACCUGCCGCUCCAGAAUCCGUACAAGAUCCAGCUGCUGGUGUAGCAGAGGAACCUGAAUCUCAGCUGGCAGUUGGUUCAGUAGAAGAAGAGAAUCCAGAAGAAACUCAAGAACCCGAAGCUGAUGCCGAAAACGAAGAACAAGUUGCAGAGGCCCCAACUGAGGAACCAGCCCCUGAAUAACGUCGACCAAUUCUGGACAUGUAAAUCACAGCAGUAUGAUAGAAGUUGAAACCAGAGAACAAAACGGAAAA